AUGUCCGCGUUCGUCAAGGCGGCGUCCAGUGCACUGCAGCAGGAGCCAGCAGUGAAUGCGGUGAUCGAUGGGGACGACAUUGUGUAUCGCGACUACAUCGACGUCAGCAUUGCUGUCGGCACUCCCAAGGGCCUGGUGGUGCCGGUGAUUCGCAAGGUGCACGAGAUGAGCUUUGUGGACGUGGAGCGCACUGUAGCGGAGCUGGGAAAGAAGGCGCGGGACGGCACCAUUUCCAUUGAUGACAUGGCGGGUGGCACCUUCACCAUCUCCAACGGGGGCGUGUAUGGCAGCCUCAUCAGCACGCCCAUCAUCAACCCGCCUCAGUCGGCCAUCCUGGGCAUGCAUGCCAUUCAGCAGCGCCCGGUCGUUAUCGGCAAGGACAUCGUGGCCCGCCCCAUGAUGUACGUGGCGCUCACAUACGACCACCGCCUCAUCGACGGCAGAGAGGCCGUGCUGUUCCUGCGCCGCAUCAAGGACAUUGUGGAGGAUCCUAGGCGUAUUCUCCUGGACAUAUAA